UAACAUACAAUUGCCUUCCUUGCGAGUGAAUGUCAAGAGAGGACUGCAAUAAUGAAAUGAGCCCGUGCUAGGAAGGAUGAAAGGAAUAUUAUCUUGCAUGUUAAUCAUUUGCGUCUUAUUCAUCUGUAACUCAUCUGGUAAGACGCCGAGGGCAUGGAAGGUUUAUCGGCCGAAGGGGAAGCACGCAAGUCCCUCUGCGCAGUCGCUCCAGUCAGAGUCCUGUUCCCCCUCCGAGGAUAUCUCGACCUUCACUUUCCUCAACUUCGCCCUGGCAGUUGGCCAGAUGGCAGUGAACAUCGCUAACAACAUCGCCAACAACAACAACAACAACAAUAAUAACAAUAACAACAACAACAACAACCUUCUGAACGCCAAUGUUGCUAGCAACAACAAUAACAACAACAACGUUAAUGACAUUCAAUUCGAAAUGCCACGGCUGAAAAGAAUCAAAAGACAGAGUCUUCGACCUGGGGAGAUUUUCGCGGACGUCUGUCGGCCUCGGAAUACCGCAGCAUUUCGGUCUGGAAGGGCGUCUUCCCACUCACAGGUCAACGCAACGGUCUUCAUUGUCGAUGAUGAGACGUUUGCUUAUCGAGAAGACAAAGCAGAAUGGAUAAGUCAGGAGGUAUGGCUGGGUGUGAUUAGAGUCCUCGCUGAACGUAUGGAAACGAAGCUCAACAAAACAUUGGGGCAGAAGCAGGUGCGUGAGACCAACAAUAUCAUUGAAAAUGACUCAGAUCCAAGAGAGAGAAAAUGCUCAACAGGAACGAUGUGCUCAACGACGGCAAAAAGGAACUUGAUUAUUAAAAACGAGACAUUCGCCGGUAUGCUCCAGUUACUCUCAGGGACCAAAACUGCGACGAAAGGGAACAGUUCAGGGAGACUCCAGAGUGGUAACAGAAUUGGUCAGGAUUCCCAAACAGACGCCCUUGUCCGAUUGGAGCGAUCAGGUCAACUUUCUGAUGCUAUCGUCAUGGUCGUAAGGCAACUCGCAGCGAACUUCAUAGACGAGGAACCCGAUGGUUAUGGUUACUCUGCUUGAGGAGGAAGAGUCCAGUCCUUCAACAAGGACAGAGUUCUCCGAGAUCUGCGCCCAACCGACACAUCCCUGAGCCUACACAAGAAAUGAAUCCUAUGGAGGGGAUGAUGGCAAUGUGUUGACAGUUACACCAAAGCUUUACCCAUUUAAUUUCCUAAUGUUCUUAAAUGGGUGUAAAUUAACAUAUGUCUUGAUAUAUUGUACCCAUUUCCAUCCUUGUAAAACAAUUUUCUCUGAGUGCAAAUUAAAAUUAGUAUGCAGGUAAAUUAAUGUAUGAAAUAUAUACGUAGUACCCUUCUCAGACAAAACAUUGUAAUGUUUUAGAAGUUAUUGUUUUUUGCUAAGUGAUGUGAUGCUGAUUAGCCUGUAAUUUCUCUUCAGAAAUUAACUGAAAGGGAUCCAGUAUUCAAAGAAUUUAAUUGACAGGCUCCAGUAUUCAAAGAACUAAAUUGACUACAGGUUGUUUACAAAUUCAUUAAAUAAUGUAGUAGGGAGUUUUGUACAAUGCCCUAGGGGAAAAUAAAAAUUUUUUAUGUCUUG